AUGGAGUCCACCGGACAUUUGGAGCGAAAACACUCCCGACCUCUCCCGCCACCAUUGGACGUCCAACAACCACGGCGACCAACCGUCUGCGUCUUCUGCGGUGCUAGGGAUGGUUCCUCACCCGCCCACCAUGCUGCCGCUCGCGCUCUUGCUCAGGUGCUGCACCGGAACAAUAUCAGUCUUGUUUACGGCGGCGGCACGGUAGGUAUUAUGGGCGAACUAGCACGGACGCUCGUCUCCCUCUCCGGUCCGCAAGCAGUCCAUGGCAUCAUCCCAGCGGCACUACUUCGCUUCGAGCGCAAUUACAGCGAAAACGGUAACCUGGACCCGCAAAAAGUGAUUGACGAGAAGACAUUCGGCCGUACGACCGUGGUCAAGGACAUGCACACCCGCAAACAGCUCAUGGCGCGUGAAGUGAUCGACGGUGGGCCUGGCGGUGGCUUCAUCGCGCUGAGUGGAGGUUACGGGACAUUAGAGGAGUUGAUGGAGGUCGUGACGUGGAACCAGCUGGGUAUACACGCGUGUCCGGUGAUUGUGUUUAAUGUUGACGGGUACUGGGAUGGGUUGUUGCAGUGGGUGAAGAAGGCGGUAGAUAGUGGGUUUAUUGCGGAGAGCAAUGAGGGGAUUAUGGUGGAGGCGAGGACGGCGGAGGAGGUGGUAGAGGGGAUACGGGCGUAUAGGAAUGCGGAUGGGAGGUUUAAGCUGCAGUGGGGGGAGAAGUAA